UUCUGGCAAAAUGGAAGAUGAUGCUUGUCAGGGACUGCACAAUUUAUCCAUAAGUGAAGAGAGUACGCUUGCACAAUGUAUUCAGGAGAAGUAUUCCAGAUUGAUUCUCCAGUCAAAAGAGCUGGUUUCUCAGGGGAAUGUUCACAAGGCCCUCCAACUGAACAAGACAGCUUAUAGGCUGUGUCCCUCAGACAAAUUACAGCGUAAAAUUCAGCGUAUGCAGGCAUACAUUGAGGAAAUUUCCACUGACGUUACAAAAGGUGAUGAAAAAAAUGAAGUCAACAGGACUCCAUCUCUCAAAAAUGAAAAUGAAAGGACCUCGCCCAGCUCCUCAGUCAUGGAAGGGUCACCCUCACAGAUGGACAAAGUCGUGACAACCGUUUCCUCCCCCUCAGUCCCUGCAAUGCAGAACUUGUCAGAGGAGGAUCAGGUCCAGUAUGCCAUGUUGAUAUCAGAAGCUGGUAAAAAAGUGGAGGAGAAAAAAAUACCACAGGCUCUUUAUCUUAACAGAAAGGCCCUGAAGAUUGCUUAUAGUGAUAAACUGCAGCGGAAAAUUCAGCGUAUGGAGUUGUAUAUCCAGCAGAACAACUUAUCAGAACUUUCAGAUAGUUUAGAAAAAACCAGUGAGAUGACAAAUUCUGAAGAAAAACAAAUUCCAACAUCAGUGCAAUCAUCAGUGCCGAAAGUGAUGGAAACAUCAGAUGAAAGCUCAAAAACAGAAGAGGAAGAGCAAUCAAAAUUUGCCAGACUAGUGUCAGAGGCCAAAGAUUUGACCUCUAAAGGUCAAGUGAAGGAGGCUCUAGACUUGUACAAAGAAGCAGCAAAGAUAUGUCCAAGUGACAAACUUAGUCGUAAAAUGGAGAGAAUGGAGGAUUAUUUAAGGCAGAAUACAACUGCAAGUGAUUCUUCAGAACCAAAGAUCCCGAAGGAGACGGGAGAAAUGGAUGUAGCCAUGGAAACAGCUGAUUCAUGCUCUACCAAAGGGGAAAUAAGCCCAACAGAUCCAGCAGCAGAGAACCAGUACACUAAGCUGGUAUCUAGAGCUAAAGACCUCACUGAGAAUGGACAUGUGAAGGAAGCUUUAUGUCUGUACAGACUCGCAGCUGAAAUCAAGCCUAGCGAUAAACUGACUCGAAAAAUGCAGAGAAUGGAGGACUAUCUGAAGCAGAAUGGUAUGUCUGUAGAUGAUGUACAGCCAAGUAAAGCUGAGACAAUAGAAAAGACGCCCACAGAAAUGGAGUGUGAGCAAGGUGGUCAAUCUACAGAAAAUGUCCCUCCAAAAUCAACAGACAGAGAUGUUAAUGAUUUAAGUGAGGAGGACCAGGUACGAUUUGCUACACUGGUGUCCAAAGCCAAGGAACAGACACUGCAGGGGAGGGCAGCCGAGGCUUUACAGUCUUAUAAGCAAGCAGCAGAAAUAUGCCCCAGUAACAAACUACAGGGCAAAAUCCAGAAGCUUGAGACUUUUCUGAAAGAAUCGCAGAAGUCAGAUGUGGACAGAAAUGUGAAUGUUGUCAAAACUCCAAUGACAAUUGUAAGGUUACUUACAGAGGGAACUCCAAAAAGGAGAUCGUCCAGUAGCAGCCAAUCAGGUGCCCCCUCUGUUGAUCAGCAGAAGAAAUAUAAUGAUCUUGUAGUGAAGGCCAAAAAACUAGCGACAGAUGGAAAGAUCAGGGAGGCCUUGGAAUGUAAUAAGAAAGCUCUGGCUAUUUGCUUCAGUGAAAAGCUUAAAAAAAGAAUACAGAAAAUGGAGUCCUAUCUUGCCAGUAAUGAUGAUGAGGAUGAUGAAGAACCGAGUGAGAGCGGGGGAAUGGUCCACAUGGGGAAUAGUUUCUACCUUUAUAAAGACCUGGUUAAGAACCUUUAUGCCCACCAGAAACAGGGAGUCAUGUGGAUGUGGGGGCUUCAUCAGAAACGUAAAGGAGGGAUUUUGGGAGACGAUAUGGGAUUGGGUAAGACAAUUCAGGUGAUAGCUUUUCUGUCUGGAUUGUUUGACAUGCAGAAAGUUCACUCAGUGAUGAUCGUGAUGCCGGUGUCUGUAAUAGGAAACUGGGAUAAAGAAUUGAAAAAAUGGGCACCAGGUAUUAAGGUGGAAUCCUAUCAUGGAUCAAAGAAAGAGAAAGAGCGAUCUUUAGCAAAGAUCAGACGAAAAGGAGGUAUAUUGUUGACUUCCUACGGAUUGAUUGUAACCAGCUGGGAAAUGAUGAGCCAGCAGGAUGGGCGACCAUUCAAAUGGGAUUACCUAAUCCUUGAUGAAGGUCACAAGAUAAAAAAUCCUACCAAAACAACAAAAGGGGUUCAUCAGAUCCCGGCCAGCCACAGAAUCCUUCUGACCGGUACCCCCAUACAGAAUAAUCUCAGGGAGAUGUGGUCCUUGUUUGACUUUGUACAUCAAGGGACAUUACUGGGAACAGCAAGGACCUUUAAGAUGGAAUUUGACACCCCAAUAACCAGGGCCAGGGAGAGAGAUGCCACAGCCAAUGAGAGAAGACUAGGUAUGGAGAUGGCAGAGAGCCUGAAGCAGAUUAUCUCCCCUUACUUUUUACGGAGAACGAAGGCCGAGGUUAUAGACAAAGAGGAGAAGGAUGAACUUGAUGUGUCUUCGUCUGCAAAGAGUCUGAAGAUGCCAUCAAUGACCAGGAAGAACGACCUGAUUUUGUGGCUGUUCUUGACCCCAGACCAACAGAGAAUCUACAGUGACUUCCUGUCUCUGGAUUCUGUUAAAGAGCUACUGAUGACGAAGAAGUCUCCCUUGGUGGCUCUGACUGUCCUGAAGAAAAUUUGUGACCACCCCCGUCUAUUGUCUCGGAGAGCAUGUGCACAGCUGGGACUAGACGGAGAGCACGCGUUAGAUGACUCCGCCCUAGAGUCGGAGGAAGGACACCAGUGUGCGGCCAAUGAAAUCAAGAACAUGCCAGACAAUGUAUUAAUUCAGGAGUCAGGGAAACUGAUCGUCAUAAUGGAUUUACUUGACCAGAUGAAGAGGGAGGGGCAUCGCUGUCUCGUCUUCUCUCAGUCCAGGAAGAUGCUGGACAUCAUUCAACAGCUGAUCUCCAACAGGGGACACAAAGUCAUGAGACUGGAUGGCACCAUUACUCAGCUGAGUGAGAGAGACAGAAGAAUUGCCACUUUUCAGGAGGACAUGAGUUACUCUGCAUUUCUUCUUACAACACAGGUGGGAGGUGUAGGUCUGACCUUGACAGCUGCAGAUCGAGUCAUCAUUUAUGAUCCGAGUUGGAAUCCCGCCACUGAUGCCCAGGCUGUAGACAGAGUGUUCAGGAUUGGUCAAGAUAAAAAUGUAGUCAUCUACCGCCUCAUUACAUGUGGCACAGUGGAGGAGAAAAUCUACCGCAGACAGAUAUUUAAAGACUCCAUAACCCGCCAGACAACAGGAAACUCCAAAAAUCCCUACAGGUACUUCACAAAGCAGGAGCUGAGAGAGUUGUUCACACUUGACAAUCCACGGAUCUCGAAAACUCAGCAACAGCUAGAGGAGAUGCACAGUCACCAGAGAAACACAGACUCCUCCCUGGACGCUCACAUCGCAUUCCUCUACUCACUGGAAAUAUUUGGUAUCAGUGACCAUGACUUGAUGUUUACUCGGGAGAAGUGCGACUUUGAAGACAACGGAGAAGCAGAAGUAGAACAUGGAGAAGAAUACAUACAACACAGGGUACAGAAAGCAAAGGAAUUGCUUCAGAUGGAGUCUGAUUUAACACAGGAUUUUGAACAGAGAACUGGAAAGUAUCAGAGAAAUGUCCCAGCUGGGCCAGAGGAUGCAGGGUCCCAAAAACCAUUUUCUCGGCCGUGGGCUGACUGGAAUCUCCAGGGAACGGUCAACACACAGGAGGAGGAGGAUGCUAAGGAUGUACAAGAGAUAGACUUAGAUGCUGAGAAUGUUGAUGAUGAUGAUGAUGAAGAAGAAGAGGAAGAUAAUGAUGUUAAAGAAGUGAAGGCUGAAGUGUUGGAGACCAGUCAUAUUGACCUUGUGACCCCAGAGCCCACCCCCAUCAAAGGCAGCAAUACUGUAGUAGAUCUGACAGCUAUCAUACCUGGAGUCAAAGUAAAGACAGAGCCAGAAUUAAACAAGACUGACAUCCAAAUUGAAAAUGAACAAAAUGAAAUGAUGACUGAGGUAUUGAGUCCAGGUCAACAUGUGGAAAAGGCAGCAGAAUCAGAUGAAGAUGUGCAGACCAUUGAAAAUUUGGGAAAUCUUUCUAUAAAGGCUAGUCCCAAAAGGACCUCUUUAGAUAAAGACAGUAUGUGCAUGUUAGAGUCUGAUUCAAAUGAUAGGGAAAAUAACACUUCCAAUAAUGGAGGCAUAGGUCCAAAAAGCCAAGACAAAGAUGGAAUGCAGACAGAUGAAGAUGAAGUUCAGACAUACCAAGAUGAAAUUGAGGAUGUGGAGAAGACAAGUAGUGACAUUCAAUCAAAUGAAUCAGAGAAUGACAAAAUGGAGGAAUCUAUAAUCGACUCAGAGGAUGACGAAAAUAAAGAAAAUGUUCCUCUUUCACAAAUUAUAGCUUCAGCCAAGAGAUCGUCUGAUGCGUUCAAACUGAACAGAUCAACAGAUGGUCAGGCAAGGUCUCCCCUAGCCCCCAUCCUCAUUUCUCCAGCAAUUACUGACUCUCCUGCUAAAAAGAAACCAAGAAGAAGUGUGUCUCAAAGUCCCUGGCUGACACAACCCCAUGAGAAAAAAGUGGAAAAUACUGUGAGAGAAGAGGAAGUUUUUAUAUCCCCAGAUAGGUUUCGACCUCUGAUGGGAACGAAAUCAAAGGACAAUUCUGAUUUGCUCAAAAGUAGAAGUAACUUAAAUGCUACGAUUUUAUCGGCUUUCUCUGACAGUCCUCAACCAGGAAGUUCACCUCUUGGGAGGAAAGUGACAUCAGAGUCAUUCUUGGAGAGGAAGAGGACUGGUUCUAAGCUGCAGGAAACAUUAUUGGGGGAAUCCCCGGAUCAAAGUGGUGCUACUUCUAGACUCGAGAAAAGUUUUGUGCCAAAUUCUUUACAGAAUACGCCUGAUGUUAGUUUGUCUGCCAAGGACAUUUCUGGACAGGACAGUAUAGCCAUAGAAGAAACUGAUGAAGAAUCAUCCCCUGCCAAAUACAUGUCUAUAUCCAAGUCAGAGAGUGUUGUUGAAAACAGCAUGCUGAGUGAUGAAGAAAAACACUCAAGUGACUCUGAUAACUGUAAGCCUUCAAAUAACCAGUCAAAAAUAGAGAUAGAUUCAGAAGAUGAUUUGCCCACAUUUUCUGUCAAGAAGAAAUCUGUGAAAAAGGCUGUGAUUGUGAGUGAUUCUGAAAGUGACACUAGUGAUGUGAACCCUGGGGAGGAGGCACAGAGAAGUAUGGAACAAGAAAACAGAAACAAAAGGAAGUCUUCUGAGUCUAACAGUCUAUCCCAGUCCAAAUAUGCCAUGCUGUCCAGCUCUGACAAUGAACAAGCUGAGAACCAGGAGGAUUUGAGGAGUGAGGAGUCUGGGAACAAUGAGGAUUCUGAAGAUAUAGAUGAGGAUUCUAUAGAUAUAGAUGUGGAUAGUGAAGAUGAAGAUUUCCUAGAUCUUGCAGAAAAUUUAAAAGAACAGUAUCUAAUGACAGUGAAAAGAGCAAAGGAGUUGUACAAAUCCAGAAACUAUGAAGAAUGCCUGGCCAAUGCUUUACAAGCUUUGGAAAUCUACCCAGAGAACACAGCUUUACAAGCGUUUGCCCUCAUGGUAAACAGCAAGAUGGAGGGAUAGAAUUCUCACACAUUCCGGUUGAUCUGUUCAUAUUGAUCUCAAACAUGGUACAGGGGAAGGUGAUAACUCUUAAGAUUGCAUGAUGGUGUUUUAUAAUGGAUUAAGUAAUAAAGUAAAAUAAUAUGCAGUCUUUUUAACAAUGCUUUCAUUGGGAUCACCUGGCAAAGAUUUUGCUUUUUAUUUCUUUGGAAAUAAUUAUUUUUGAACAGGUAUCAGUGAAUACAUUUGUUUAAGUUGAUUUGUGUUUGAUAUGAGAUCUAUAGAAAUAGUUCAGAAUCUGCUGUUGAGGAAAUUUAAUGCUUAUCAUUACAGUAUACAGGUGGUAUACACACAUGUACAUUGUAGCAUUAAGAUUUUUUUUAACUGUGAACGCUAUAUCUACAUUUUUGAUACUAUUACAAAUACAGCAUGUUUUUUUUUUCACCAACUGAAUAUAUUUAUGCAUUAUAAGUACAUGUACUAUUCCCUUAAAACAUAAAUUGGUCACUAAUGAGUAACCCAGUGUCAAUGAGUUCUCGGUGUAAAACAUAAUGUUCAAAAAUGAAUUCAGUAUCUUUACAUUUAGCAGACAAAUAUAGGUAUGUACACUAUGUACAUACUGGUAACUGUGUAAAUUUUGUACUUAUUUUCAGAUACAUUAGAAUAUGAGCAGUAGUAAUGUUUCUGCCUAAUGAUAUGCUUUUGCAAACAUUGCAUUUGUUUGAAUCAAUUGUAGUCGUACUAAAUUGGUAUUCUCUGUGCUGAACUGAAUUCAUAUGAGCUGAUUUCUCUGUGCUUGAAAUGUAUCUUUACCUUUUUAACAUUAAAACAGACUAGACGAGAUAAAUGUGUUCAAAUUUUAUUUCAAACAAAGUUAAGCAAUUUGAGUUAUGUUAGUACAUAACUAAAUAUUUACUUGGAAAAGCUUCAUGAUGACAUUAUAGUGCUCAAAUGAUAUUCUAAUACAUUAAUAUGAUACCAGGUUCAGUAGGUGCGUUAAUAAAGAAGGUUCAGUAUCAAAUAUUUCAUGUCAUCGUUUUAGAUUUUUUAUUAUAUUAACUAUUUGUUAAAUACAAAGGAUUUAAAAAGAUUUUAGAUUCACUUAAUGAAUUCCAAGUAUGUAUAAGUUGUUCACUCCUACGUGUAGUAUAUGAUGAAAUACAAAUGUAUUUUUUCACCCUUUUGAAAAAAAAAAUUGCCAGAUAAAAGUGUGAUGCAUUGAUAUAAACAUGUAGCUUGAAUAAAUUGUUUUAAAUAAG